AUGAAACUGGCUGGAGGUGCACCAGCAAAAAAACUAGUCGGAGAUCGACCUAGAGCCCCAGGUCGUGUGUUCGCCUUGACGACUACCGAGGCAGCCCAGUUAGGUAACUUAGUACAUGCCACUUUUUUGUUAUUUGAUCACGAGGUUGUUGUGUUGUAUGACUCAGGAGCUACCCAUUCAUUCGUAUCCAAUGAAUGUGUGAGGAGGCUCGGUCUAGUGAUGCGAGAGCUGGCAUGCGAGUUAAUAGUUGCGACACCAGCGUCUAGAGAGGUAUCCACCAUGUCUGUUUGUGUGGGAUGCCUUAUGGAGGUGGCAAGCCGCAGGUUCAAGGUGAAUCUCAUCUGCUUACCAAUGGAAGGGUUGGACGUGAUUCUGGGUAUGGAUUGGUUGGCCAGCAACCACGUGGUAAUCGAUUGCGGGCAACGCAAGGUGGUCUUCCCAAAUGCAGAAGGACUGGAAUUGAUAUCAUCGAACCAAGCAUAG